AUGGUGAAGCACAACAACGUCAUCCCCAACGGGCACUUCAAGAAGCACUGGCAGAACUAUGUCAAGACAUGGUUCAACCAGCCCGCCCGCAAGCAGAGGCGCCGCAUUGCUCGUCAAAAGAAGGCUGUGAAGAUAUUCCCACGCCCAACUGCUGGUCCUCUUCGCCCCAUUGUUCAAUGCCAGACUCUCAAGUACAACAUGAAGUCAAGGGCUGGGAGAGGCUUUACCCUUGAGGAGCUGAAGGCUGCGGGCAUUCCAAAGAAGCUUGCUCCAACCAUUGGCAUUUCUGUGGAUCACCGCCGCAAGAACAAAUCCCUCGAGGGACUGCAGUUCAAUGUCCAGAGGCUCAAGACAUACAAGGCCAAGCUGGUUAUCUUCCCAAGGCGCGCUCGCAAGGUCAAGGCUGGUGACUCUACUCCGGAGGAGCUUGCCACCGCUACCCAGGUCCAGGGUGACUACAUGCCAAUUACUCGUGGUGAGAAGCGCUCAGUUGAGGUUGUGAAGGUUACAGAUGAGAUGAAGGCGUUUGCGGCCUAUGGCAAGCUCCGCCUUGAGCGGAUGAACAAGAAACACCUCGGUGCCCGCCAGAAGAAGGCAGCUGAGGCGGAGAAGGAAGACAAGAAGUGA